AUGAAUUCCUAUUUCACCAACCCCUCUUUAUCCUGCCAUUUAGCCAGUGGCCAAGAAGUCCUCCCCAAUGUGGCCCUUAAUUCCACUGCCUAUGACCCUGUUAGGCAUUUCUCCACUUAUGGGGCAGCCGUAGCUCAAAAUAGGAUCUACUCUUCUCCAUUUUACACCCCGCAAGAUAAUGUUGUGUUCAGCUCCAGCCGAGGCCCCUAUGAGUAUGGAUCUAAUGCUUUUUACCAGGACAAGGACAUGCUCACUAGCUGCAGGCAGAACUCUAUGGGACACAAUACACAGACUUCCAUUGCACAGGAUUUUAACAGUGACCAAAACAGAUCCAGUGUCCAGGAACAGAAAACCAGCAUUCAGAUCUACCCAUGGAUGCAGCGCAUGAACUCCCACAGUGGGGUGGGCUAUGGCACGGACAGAAGACGAGGUCGCCAGAUCUACUCCCGUUAUCAGACCCUGGAGCUGGAGAAAGAAUUCCACUUUAAUCGCUAUCUGACCAGGCGCAGGAGGAUUGAGAUCGCUAAUGCACUUUGCUUAACAGAGCGUCAGAUCAAAAUAUGGUUCCAAAACAGGAGGAUGAAGUGGAAAAAGGAGAGUAACCUGACUUCUACCCUGACUGGGGGCAACGGGGCAUCUACUGACAGCCUUGCCGGGGGCAAAGAGGAGAAGCGAGAGGACACAGAAGAACAACCCAAAGAGUGAUUGGGGGGCUCCCAUCAGCAUCCCCACUCACCCCUCCACCCCCACCCAGCUGGCAGAAUUCAUAUGGAUGGGCUGCAUUAUGGAAACAAAUAUAUAAAUAUAUGAAAUAUAUAUCUACACAUCUCUUUCUAGAGCCAAAAGUGGACUAGCAAUCCAAUGAAGGAGAAGGACAACCUGGCUCUGGCCAGUUUCUGUUAUCCACCAUUAUGGCUUUGAGUCUCUGUGUUAUGUUGUUUCUCCAACUUUGACUUAAAAAAAAAAAAAAAAGACAGUAUUCCAAAAAGUCCCACAUUCUCCUUGUACAAGAACCAUUGCCUGCAAACACAAAGGGAGAACAAGACUUUGCCUGUGUGUGUUGUGUGCUGUGUGAUGGGAUGGACCCAGCACAGAUCAAAUGUGAAGAGCUCUCCCAAGAAACUGUCCUCUUGCCCCCUCUGUGCUCCUAUGAGCCACGUCCAUAUAGCAUUUCCCCCCAUAGCCUGACUGUAUUAUUUGGAUGAUCCUCCAUAUUCCAUACUGUGACAGUUCCCGUGUGAACCUUAUUUCUCAUUGUGCCCGUGGUGUCAGUAUUUAUAUUUAUGUCAGCACUGCAAUGUUCAGUAGUAGCUCGUAAAAUGAAGUUUCAUAGCUGUAGAAUAAUAAUGGUUACAUUCUGUGUCUCACUGACUAUGUAUAAAGAUCACGUCCUAUGG